ACAAUUUACGGUCCAGAUUAUCCGUCGGUGCUCCGGCGCAGGUUUUAUCCGUCCGUUCUUCCACCUUGCUGAUCGCGAUUCCUCCCCAAACGCCUUCGGCCACGAACUCCAUCGCUAUAUAACGAGGCGCGACUGAGAUCUGUUCCGAAGACGGGAGAAAAGAAAAGCGCUUCUUCUUCUUUUUCCUCCGAUUUUGUUGUUGAUACACCGAUCGAGAGAUGGCGAGCAAGGCAUCAUCGUCUUCUUCUAUCCCUAGCACUCCGCUGCUGAAGGAUGAGCUCGAUAUCGUGAUCCCCACGAUCCGGAACCUUGACUUCCUGGAGAUGUGGCGGCCGUUCUUCCAGCCCUACCACCUGAUCAUUGUGCAGGAUGGAGAUCCGAGCAAGACGAUCAAGGUGCCCGAGGGGUUCGACUACGAGCUAUACAACCGCAAUGACAUCAAUCGGAUUCUCGGCCCCAAGGCCUCCUGCAUCUCCUUCAAGGACUCCGCCUGCCGAUGCUUCGGCUACAUGGUCUCCAAGAAGAAGUACAUCUACACCAUUGACGAUGAUUGCUUCGUUGCUAAAGACCCAUCUGGCAAAGAGAUCAAUGCACUGCAACAACAUAUUAAAAAUCUUCUAUCGCCAUCUACUCCCUUCUUCUUCAACACAUUGUAUGAUCCAUACAGAGAAGGUGCUGACUUUGUUCGUGGAUAUCCCUUCAGCCUCCGCGAAGGUGCUAAAACAGCCGUCUCUCAUGGACUUUGGCUUAACAUUCCUGACUAUGAUGCUCCCACCCAGCUUGUCAAGCCUCGAGAGAGGAACCAAAGGUACGUGGAUGCAGUUCUUACAAUACCUAAGGGAACAUUGUUUCCCAUGUGUGGAAUGAACUUGGCAUUCGACCGUGAGCUCAUUGGCCCGGCUAUGUACUUUGGUCUUAUGGGCGAUGGCCAACCUAUUGGGCGCUAUGACGAUAUGUGGGCUGGAUGGUGUGUCAAGGUCAUCUGUGAUCACUUGGGACUCGGUGUGAAGACUGGCUUACCCUACAUCUGGCACAGUAAGGCUAGUAACCCAUUUGUCAACCUGAAGAAGGAGUACAAUGGCAUCUUUUGGCAAGAAGAUAUCAUCCCCUUCUUCCAAUCGGCCACCCUUCCAAAAGAAUGCAUCACUGUGCAAAAAUGCUACUUCGAACUGUCAAAGCAGGUGAAAGAAAAACUAGGGAAAAUUGAUCCUUACUUCAAUAAGCUUGCAGAUGCCAUGGUUACAUGGAUUGAGGCCUGGGAUCAGCUCAACCCAUCUGGAACUGCUACUGUACUCGCCAAUGGUUCGACCAAGGGAAAAUAGAGUCAAUAUCAUAUGAAAGAACCUGUUGCUUCUGGUUUCAUGCUUCAGAUGUAGUUCUUAUUCAUUAUUAUUGUUUUUGGCUUAGUUAUCUUCUGAGUUGUCAUUUGAUAUUUUUGCAGUCUGCUGACUGUAAUCCUUCAAACUUGGUUUAUUAUAAUAAACGACCUAUUGAUUUUUGACAGUCCAA